UACGUGUCCCUCUCGGCGCUCCGUAGCCGCGCCGGCGCCAAGAUGGCGGCGCUGACGGAUGCUUGGCUGCCGCUCCGAGGGCCACAGGAGCCGGAGCGGAGCCACAGAGGCUAAGGCCUCAGAGUCUCGCUCGAGGCCGCUCCCACGUCGGGCCUCGGCUUGCGGCCGCGCCUGUCCUGACCUCGGAGGAAGCCUGGGCCGGCCGGACAUGGUGCGAGGCGCGCUGCGCUGCUGCUGCUGCCGCUGCCGCUGCCGCUGCUCCUGAGCUCGCGGGCCGCACCCGGCUUGCACGUCCAGCAGGAAGAUGUUCUCGGCGUUGAAGAAGCUGGUGGGCUCGGAGCAGGCCCCGGGCCGGGACAAGAACAUCCCCGCCGGGCUGCAGUCCAUGAACCAGGCGCUGCAGAGGCGCUUCGCUAAGGGGGUUCAAUACAACAUGAAGAUUGUGAUCCGGGGUGACAGGAACACUGGCAAGACUGCUCUGUGGCAUCGACUGCAGGGCAAGAAAUUUGUGGAAGAAUACAUCCCCACCCAGGAAAUCCAAGUCACCAGCAUCCACUGGAACUACAAAACCACUGAUGAUGUAGUGAAAGUUGAAGUCUGGGAUGUAGUUGACAAAGGGAAAUGUAAAAAACGAGGUGAUGGCUUGAAGACGGAGAAUGACCCCCAGGAGGCAGAGUCUGAAAUGGCUCUGGAUGCUGAGUUCCUGGACGUGUACAAGAACUGUAAUGGGGUGGUCAUGAUGUUUGACAUCACUAAGCAGUGGACCUUCAACUAUGUUCUCCGAGAGCUUCCCAAAGUGCCAACCCAUGUGCCGGUGUGUGUGUUGGGCAACUACCGUGACAUGGGCGAGCAUCGAGUCAUUCUGCCAGAUGAUGUGCGUGACUUCAUUGACCACCUGGACAGACCUCCAGGUUCCUCCUAUUUCCGAUAUGCUGAGUCUUCCAUGAAGAACAGCUUUGGCCUAAAGUACCUGCAUAAGUUCUUCAACAUUCCAUUUUUGCAGUUACAGAGGGAGACACUGCUGAGGCAGCUGGAGACAAACCAACUAGACAUUGAUGCCACACUGGAGGAGCUAUCAGUGCAGCAGGAAACCGAGGACCAGAACUACAGCAUCUUCCUUGAAAUGAUGGAGGCUCGAAGUCGAGGCCAUGCAUCCCCUCUGGCAGCCAAUGGGCAGAGCCCAUCCUCAGGCUCCCAGUCGCCAGUUGUGCCUCCAAGUGCUGUAUCCACAGGGAGCUCCAGCCCCAGCACCCCCCAGCCUGCCCCCCAGCUGUCCCUCAGUGUCUCUUCCACCUGUCCCCAAACACCAUCUCCUGUACCACCUUUGGAGGCCACGCCCUCUUCUGUACAACCUUCAGCCCCAGCUCCAGCCCAGCGUCGCAGUAUCAUCUCUCGGCUGUUUGGGACCUCACCAGCUGCAGAAGUGACCCCUUCACCUCCAGAGCCAGCUCCAGCUCUAGAGGCCCCAGCAAGAGUCCAGAAUGUUGAGGAUUUUGUCCCUGAAGAUGGCCUUGACCGAAGCUUCCUGGAAGACACAACCCUGCCUAAAAACAAGAAGAAAAUUGGAGCCAGAGACCCACAGCAGGACAGUGACAGUGAUGAUGGGGAGGCCAUAGGAGGGAACCCAAUGGUGGCAGGUUUCCAGGAUGACGUGGACAUAGAAGACCAGCCACAUGGCAAUUCCCUGCUGUGCUCAGAGCCCAUCCCCAGUAAGAACAUCAGUCUUUCCAGUGAGGAGGAAGCUGAAGGACCGGCAGGCCACCCCAGAGUGGCUCCUCAGCAGUGCUCAGAGCCUGAGACAAAAUGGUCCUCCACUAAGGCCUCACAUCCACAAAAGAAGGGAGCUCCCACACGAGCCAUACCCCCAUGGUCAGAUGGUCUCACCGCUGGCUCAGGGCCUGACCUCGGCAGUACCAAGCCACCCACUGAUGGCUCUCAUAGACCCCAGGAAGGGAAGGACAAGCAGGUGUCAUCAGAAAGCGAUCCUGAGGGGCCCAUUGCUGCUCAGAUGCUGUCCUUCGUCAUGGAUGACCCUGACUUUGAAAGUGAUGAAUCGGACACACAGAGGAGAGUGGAGGCAUUCCCAGUAAGAGAAGACCUCUCUGAUGUGACUGAUGAGGACACUGGCUCUGCCCAGCUACCCCUACCCUCCAAGCCCCCAGUCUCUGCUUUCAGACUGAAGAAUGACUCAGAUCUCUUCGGGCUGGGCCUGGAGGAGACAGGACCUAAGGAAAGCAGUGAUGAAGAUAAAGACGGCAAACUCUCCUCUAAAGAGAAGAAGAAAAAGAAGAAGAAGGGCAAAGAGGAGGAAGAAAAGGCUACAAAAAAGAAAAGCAAACACAAGAAGAGCAAGGACAAGGAGGAAGGCAAGGAGGAUCGGAGGAAGAAGAGGAAGCCCCCUCGGAGCAAAGAGCAGAAGGCUGCAGAUGAGCUGGAAGCCUUCCUGGGGGGUGGGGCCCCUAGCAGCCGCCACCCUGGUGGUGGGGACUAUGAGGAACUCUAAGCUUGCCAGAGGCAGUUGAUUGUCCUGGGAAGAGGGGAACUGCCAGUGGCUGAUUUGAGGAGGCUGCUGCCUAUGCACCCACAUUCCCAGGACCACCCUGCCACCUAUGUCCCCCAGCCAUUGUGUCUGCCCUCAUGUGGUCUGGCCCACUCUACAUUGAUUUUUGUACUGAAGACUUUGGUGGUGGUCAGGCCCUGGGGUCAGGCGCUGCAGGUACUGGGCAUUAACCCAGCAGAAGCCUGCUCUGCAGGGAGGGAGGGGACAGAACAGAGUUGCAGCUGGUUUGGUGGACCACCUGGUCCUCCCCAGAUAGAGCUGCAGCCAGUCCCCGGUGUUUCUCAGGGAUGUGCCUGGGGCCGAGAAGGGACCCACCAGGGUCUGUUUACAGAGGCAGGGUGUGGGACUGCUUGGCUUCUCAGAUGUCCACACCCAGCCCCACUCCUGCUUGCCUUCCUGAGCUCUCCCAGGGCCAUAGCAUGGCUUGGGGUGUGGACCUUCUUCCCCAUGGAUCCAGAGUAGAGCAGGGUCAUGCCCUGAGCACAGAUGUGUACUCGGGAGGGUGUGGCAGCAUCUGCUACUGCAAAGUGGCCAGUCCCCGCACUGGGUAAGGCUGGCAAGAGAACACAAUGUACCACCUCUCCUGUGGGAGAGGCACUAACAGCUUGCCACUGUGUGCCAGCUGUGCCUCUGCCCGUUGAGCGCCUGCGCAGGUGAGCCUAGAAGGCGCCUUCUUAGACACUCCGCCCAGACUAUAAAGCUCUCCGAUUUUA